AUGGGAAAUGUUGCCAACUUGGAAGACUUGUUGAAGCAAAAUAUUGCCUUGACCACCGCAUUGUUGAGUCAAAGAGGCGAGAGCCCACUCCCUUCGCCAGUCUCCAGCCCGGAGGUCGCACCCCCCGUACAGCCUUCACUUGAAGAAAAGCCACUUUAUAGCGCGGUACCCAGUCAGACGGGGCGCUUGGUCGUGUCCACUUCGAACCAUGUGCGCUUUAUUCCCUCGCAGGAUGUAGGGGACUCUGAUCUCCUCGAGGCUAUCCAAGAGCCUACGUCUGGCUUUCCUAAGGGAUUCCCAUUUUUCUCCGAACAAUCAAGCUCUGUUUCCGAUGAACUUUUGGACAUGCUUCCCCCUCUUCUGCAUCUUGAAGAACUGAAAGCAACUUUCUUUCGAGUAUUCUCACCUCUUUUUCAUGUUCUACAUGACCCGACAUUUCACGCCAAGUACCAAGCCUUCAAAAGGAAUCCCAAGUCCACCCCACUGACAUUUGUGGGAUUGUUAUUCGUGAUCCUAAGCCUGGCAGUAACCGCACUAGACGAUGACCAUCCCGUUCUGGCAGAUCUGGGCCAUGACGCGAGUCACCAUGCGAACGUGCGCAGCCUUUCGGCAAAAUACCGCUCGGCAGCUAUGCGCUGUCUCGCUGCCGAUAACUUCAUGUUCUGCCAUAACCUCUGCACAGUGCAGUGCCUGGUACUCUUGAUCUACGCCAUGAACCACGCCCAGGAACCGGCGUGGUCAUUGCUCGGCACAACACUACAUAUCGCCGUUGCUAUUGGGUGUGCCGUUGAUCCAGAUCGACUAAAUGUAGACCGCAUCGAGGCAGAAGAGCGUCGAAGGUGCUGGGCGACACUCCGAAUGUUGUAUACUAUUCAGAACACAUGCCUGGGGAACCUCAUGCCAUUCCGUGUGGAGGCAAAUGUGGCUCUUCCAGCUGACAUAGAAGAUGACGAGUUGAUGACGAGCAAUCCGAGUCCCCAGGGCGAAUCAGUAGACACGCCCCCGACACAAAUGACUUAUCUUCUAUACAAGUUCCGUCUCUACGACCUGGCAGUCGACAUCUGCCAGCUCUCUGCGUCAUUUGAAGCACACGACCGCGCACGUAUAGAGACUCUAGAUACAAAACUCUCGCAAGAACAAGAAUGUCACCUGGCUCGCUUCAGUACCCAACUGAUGCUGAAACCGUACGACCAAGCCCACUUCUACAUUCUGGCCAUCUAUACAAACCAUUUAAUCCUCUUGCUGCACCGAUCGCGGCUAAACGCAACCCAUAUGGCAGAGGAAUGUAUCCACCAGAGCCGCGAAAGAUGCCUAAAGGCGGCCACAGCAACUUUGUCUAAUUUCGAGGCGCUCUGUUCCACGCCCACGCUCAAGUCAUAUCGAUGGUACAUGGAUGGUCUUGGGUCGUUCUACGCCUUCUUUGCUAUAACCACCCUCCUUGUACUGUGGGGAGAUCCGCAACUCGAAACGGAGUGUAAUCCGCAAACCGUCGUCCUUCUUGUUGGGUGCGUAGAUAGAAUGAAACGGACUGCGUCUCGGAGUUCCGUUUGUCAAAAAGCAGCCAAUGUUCUCGACCCUUUAAUCCAGGGUUUGGCGCCUGGAAUCGUCACAGACUGCAAUGGAAGCGCAGGGUCGAUAGGGCUUAGUGAAACCCCGAAUCAAGGCUUAUGGCCCACAUACCCAGGGUUGGAGAGUAUGUUCUAUGACCUGCCGUGCGAGCAGUGGUUGACUCCAUCGGAGUUUGUGUGGGGCGCCGCACAAAACCUCUGGGAUCCCUCAUCCGGGAGUGUAUCGUCGUUAUGA